AAUGCUGCACAAUGACAUUUUUUGCACACUGUUAUAACCUGCAUACGAGUGUAUCUGGUUAUAGUCUGUCUCAUUUUGCACAUAAUCUAUAUUCUGUGUAUAUAUUUGCCACAGUUUUUUUAAUACAUUUGUGUAGUUAUUUAUUUGUGUAGUUAUUUAUUAACUUUACUCUUUGUCUCUUGCCUUGCCUUACCUUACCUUACCUUCUUUGAUUUUUUACUCCUAGGAAUUCUGUUUGUGGUGAUACAUUAUAGAACUGAGAUGCCUCUUCCUUUUUUGUUUGUUUGUUUGUUUGUUUGUUUGUUACCCAGAAACCUUUUGGGGUGCAAACUUUUGCACUCAACUGUAGGCUUAUGUCACAAAUACAGUAACAGGGUCAUUUUUAUUAACUGUAGGUUAAAGUAAAACAUGAAAUUAGAAUACAGUCAAUUUAUAGCACUUCUGUUUACCACUCUCUCAAUGAAACAUAAUAGCUUAGAUCUCUGGUUGCCAGCAGUGACGUAACAGGUAGUUAAAAUGAAACCCUGGCCGCUAAGGGCACUAAGUCCAGCUCUGGCCAUGCGGUCCAGCUGAAUGAGACAAGCCCCAGCUCUGAACAGUGAGCUCUACUGCUGCAGGCCAAUCAGCUGUGUUCAUACAGUUUAAUAGCGUAUCAAAACAGACUAGAAAUGAGUACGAAAAGGAGUUUUGUGCGGGAGGCGUCUCAUCAGAUCAUUGCAGGCGGAUCCGCAGGUCUGGUGGAGAUAUGUCUGAUGCAUCCGCUGGACGUUGUGAAGACCAGGUUCCAAAUUCAGCGAGGAGUGAGUGACCCAAACAGCUAUAAAGGCCUGGGGGACUGUUUCAGAACCAUAUUUCACAAAGAGGGAAUGUAUGGUUUUUACAAGGGAAUCCUGCCACCAAUUCUAGCUGAGACGCCAAAGAGAGCAGUUAAGUUUUUCACCUUUGAGCAAUACAAGAACCUGCUAAGUUACACUGCCUUAUCUCAGGGCCUGGCUCUCUCCCUAGCUGGGCUUGGCUCAGGUUUAACAGAAGCUCUGGUGGUUAAUCCAUUUGAGGUAGUGAAAGUAAACCUUCAGGCCAACAGAGAUUCCUUCAAAGUGCCAUCCACAUUUACCCAGGCUCGAAUGAUCAUUAAUUCAGAUGGCAUUGGUCUGCGUGGGCUAAAUAAGGGCCUGACCUCCACACUGGGUCGCCAUGGCGUCUUCAACAUGAUCUACUUUGGCUUCUACUUCAAUGUUAAAAACACCCUUCCUGCCAGCCAGGAUCCUCGUCUGGAGUUUAUGAGAAAGUUUACUAUAGGUUUGCUGGCAGGAACCAUCUCAUCCUGUGUGAACAUCCCCUUUGACGUGGCUAAGAGCCGUAUCCAGGGUCCCCAGCCAGUCCAAGGGGAGAUAAAGUACAGGAGCUGUUUCCAGACCAUGGCUCUGGUAUACCGUGAAGAAGGGUAUCUUGCAUUAUACAAAGGACUAAUUCCCAAGAUCUUGAGACUUGGACCAGGAGGUGCUGUCAUGCUGCUAGUGUAUGAGUAUGUCUCCGGCUGGCUGCAAAGAAACUGGUGAUAAGAGCUGUCAGGCAGCAGACAAAUUUCACUCU